GGCGGCGAAGGGCGACGGAAAUGGCUCGGUCCCUCCUGCUGCGGGCUGCCGCGCUGCUCGCGCUGCUGAACGGCUGUGCCGGAAUACGCCUGCUGAGAGCAUCCAUCGACGGCGCCGUGCCCCGCGGCGAUAGCCUGACUCUCGUCUGUCAGGUCGACCCGGAGGGCAAGAAGAUCUACCAGGCCAAGUGGUACAAGGACGGCGAGGAGUUCUACCGCUACGAGCCCACGUCCAACCACGUGUUCCCGGUUAACGGGACCGAUGUCGACGAGGCCUUGUCGGACGUCUCUCAGGUGGUCCUCCGAGGCGUGGACCUCGACACAGCGGGCAAGUACGGCUGUGAGAUCACCACGGAGGGCACGUUCGCCACCGUCACUGCCACCGGAUUCGUCACAGUGGUCGAAGUGCCCAAAAAGGAGCCAUACACUUCGACAAGUGACAUCAUCAGCCGAGACACGGGUGACGUCAUAAGAAUAAACUGCACCUCUGAGCAGUCUCGGCCGGCAGCAAACCUGACCUGGUUAAUCAACAACGAAAAGACCGGAAACAGCUCCAUCACGCGCUACCCGCUGGAGUUGGACGCGGACGGCCUGCAGACAGUCACGCUGGGCCUCGACUUUCUGCUGCGCGAGAAGCACUUCCGGCGAGACCAGGUGACGCUCAAGUGCACGGCUGGCCUCUACAACGUGUUCUACGCCAGCACGGAGGUCAAGGUGCGGCGGCUGUCGAUGGCCCAGCGGUCCAGCCAGUCGCCGGCCGGCCAGCGCACCGCCGCCGGCCAACAUUCCUCCGGCUGGCGGAUGAAGCCGUCUUCGUUUUCGCUGGUGUUGAUGCUUGUUUGGGCCUUCAUCCACGCCUCGAAGACAAUAAGCAGCACUUAGUGAGCAGCGCGUCUAAGAGGCUCAGACGUUGCAAAAAGUGGCGACAGACGGGAAUGAAUCGAAGCGGAGCGGCGCUUCCCCGCUUUCUUCUUCUGCCGGAUGUGCGUUUUCGGCCGGAGCCCGCGCGAAAGCGAAACAGAGUACAUCGGUGAGGUGUGCGGGUGAUGCGCCGCCGUUUGCUGAGAUUCGAGUGCGGCUGUUGGUGGGAGUCGGGUGCAGCUGCUGGUCAGAGUCGGGUGCGGCUGCUGGUGAGAGUCGAGUGCGGCUGCUGGCGAGAGUCGGGUGCGGCUGUUGGUCAGAGCGGGGUGCGGCCGUCAACUGCACUGGACUGGGCACAACGCUGACAGCGCCCGCGGGCGGCCUGAGCGACGCCGCGACCGGCACCGUCGGUGACAGCGCGAUUGGAGUCUGGACGGCGGGGCGGACUAAACUGCCGCUGAAGCUGGAUCGCGGGCGGAGCGACAGCGCCGGAAAUGACGCUGACACGGGCUAAGGCCCGAACUUGCCGCUGGCCUGAGGCCGAAAUGAGCUGCCUCAGAACUGAGACGGAGGACUAGUGAGUGUUUGACUAAUAUUAACAGAACUGACGCGUGGCAGUCUAGCUAUGAAGUCUUGAACCAAGUUACGCAUUCCAGACUUUGCCCGGACGACUCGCUGCGCGACGUGGGUAAACGCUUAGCACUGACUUCUGAGACGGCGACGUGCCCUGCAUUCUCCUGGGACAUUUGCCUGUUUAAUGUGUCUACCCAAAGGGACCUUAAACCCGCCCUCAAAGUUGUCACGGGCAGUAACGUAAUGUGAGCGUCAAAUGGCAGCCUCAGCGUCGGAGGGUGCGUUCGAGAGGGAACGAGACGGUGUCGGCUGUUGCUAUGAGCCGAACUGACGCAGACUGGUGACAGCUGCUAACGGACACGAACGUGUCCGCGCUCUCGUUAGCGGUGCAGCAGUGCGGUCUACUCUAACCGGUCAGGUCCAUGUCUCCGUGGCGAGUGUUCGGUAAAAUGUGAUAAUGUCUAGUUAGGUUCGACACCACGCCGAAGGUGCAGCGCGCAGACAUCAUACCAGCCUGGCAUAUGGGUCUGCCUGUGCCUUGUCGGUACGGCCUUGAAACGGUGGUUCUUAAGUCCAUUGGCGCGUAAUCUUGAACGCUUUGAUGUGUAUGCAUCUUGCUGUUCGUGUGCCUGUUGAUACCUGCGCCUUACACAGCAUUGGCGAAUGUUUUGCUGUUGAGCAGGCUACCACGAGCAAUUGACAUGAUGUGGGUAUGACGUGCUCUGUGUACUCAGCGUCUUGCGUUUCGUGCUUUCUGCAUCGACAUUGUGUUCCAUAAAGCACCGGACACGCCAGGUUUGUUGCAAGUACUUUCUUUGUUCUGCAUGGGUCGCGGAAAACUGAAAGCUGGUGGUAUUAUUGAAAUACUGUCACCUAUAUGGAUAGUUCACAGUGUUAAUGACAAGAUGCUAAUUGUCAUUUUGUCAUCUUUGGUUUCAAUGGAAUGUUUAAGGUGGGGGUAUAUUAUACGUGUGGCUAGG